AUGUCUCCUCCGCCCAUAGCUUUCAGUCACUUGAAUGGGAAGGUGGCCAUUGUGACCGGUGCCUCCGAGGCCAUGGGCCGCGCUACCGCCCUCUGCCUAGCCUCCCAUGGAGCCUUCAUCUCGCUAGUCUUCUCUUCCGAGUCCAGCUCGCUAGAAGCGGAUGGUCUCGCUACAGAAAUAAAUUCUUCUUCCUCUUCCUCCUCCUCAGCUUCCAUACCCCGCGCCAUCACCAUCCGCGCUGAUAUCUCCGAUCCUGAUGCUGUCCGAGCAAUAUUCGAUCUAACAGAACAAAACUUCAAAUCCCGCGCACACAUUGUGUUCCACUCCGCCGGCAUCAUCGAUCCCAACUACUACUCCGUCUCCUCCACCCCUCUCGCUGUAUUCGACUCAAUCAAUCCACGCAAGUCGUUCUUGAUGCUGCAAGAAGCCGCCAAUCGAGUGGUAGUGAGUGGCGAGGGAAGGAUCAUUCUGCUCCACUCGUGGCUUGUGGAGAACCAGCUGGACAAUUGGCUUUAUGCCGCUUCAAUGAACUCGAUACAGGCCAUGAUUAAGGCUCUAGCCUCAGAACUUCAAGAGAAGAGAAUCAGGGUAAACUGUAUUUCAACCGGGCCAGAGAAGACGGGCUGUAUUGGGUUUUUCGUAGCAUAUCUUUCUUCUGCUGUAGGCCAAUGGAUUAACGGACAAAUUCUUCAACCAUAA